AUGUCCCGAUCCGCCGCAGACGCAACGCGGUUCACGGCCACAGGGCCCUACGCCAGCUCUAAAACCGGCGGCGCGUUCCAGGGCUCCGAAGUCGCCAAUAAGAACCCCACGAAGUCAUCACCACAGCAGCUUGGUCCUAAUGGCCAACCGGAGACACCCAGGGAGAAGGUCGAGCGACUGCGAGCGCAGGCACGGGCUGCUCGGAAGGCACAGGCAGCUGGCAGCGGUGCGGAUCGAUGGAUUGAGUCUGGGCGGAAAUUUGCGAAUAAGGCACACAAGGGAAUGGUCUACUCAUUGAUUGCUGCGUCGGGUAUCUGUGGUGUUCUUACAGUCUACUCGAUGGUCUCGCUCACGAUGUAUAACCGCCGCCAACGCGAACUUUGGAUUGAAAAGGAACUCGCGACUUUGAAGCAGGCCGAGAUCGCCGUCGCCAACGGUACUGCAACUAUCGAGCAGGAGGAGCUUUUGAAGAAGGAGAAGAUCGGUGAAAUUAUGAAGAAGAAGCGCGAGGAGGAUAAGGCACAGAAGCCCUGGGCCAAGGCAAAGCGAUUCCUCUUCGAGAAGCUGAACAUGGAAGACAGCAGUGUUUCUGCUGCACCCGCAGCUGUACUGGCUGUAGAGGGUGCCGAUAAGACCCAGGGCAGUGUCAUGGAGGCCGUGCAGGCCAAGCAAGCUAUGGAUGCUGCUUCGGCGAAGACCGGAGCUCCUCUCCCCGGUCAGUUGGACGUGAUGGCCGCGAAUGUGGAAGAUGCCACGAAGACCACAACAAAGAGCUGGACUAGCUGGUUGACCGGGCGGUAG